CCGACAGGACGACACACACACCUGGAAAUUCCACUUUAAGCGACAAUUUGAGUAGGUCUUCAAUUUUAACUGAGACGAAGACAUUUGGACUCGCUCGUGCCUUGGACCGCAGGUGGAUGCAAUUAGCAGUUGAUUAAUCUGUUGCGGGGACAUUGGUCCAAUACAGCAACAGCCACAACAACAAUAUGGAGGAUUCCAGUCACUUGUACGAUGUGUAUGAAACAAAUGCCCACCCUCCCUGGGCAGACCACCAACAUCAGUGUCUGGAGAAUCUGGACAAUGUGGAGUGUCUCAGGAGGAAGAUCAAAUUUUACUUUAUGAACCCCUGUGAAAAGUAUCACGCUCGUGGACGAAAACCAUGGAAACUCAUGCUGCAGAUCAUUAAAAUUGCCAUUAUUACCAUCCAGUUGGUCUCUUUUGGGCUCAGUAACCAGAUGGUUGUCACAUUCAAGGAGGAAAAUCUAAUGACAUUUAAGCACCUUUUCUUGAAAGAUUAUGUUGAUGGAAGCAUGGAAACAUAUGCUGUCUACAGACAGAAGGAUGUAUAUGAUCACAUCGAUUACAUCAUUAAACAGUAUGGACUUCUGCACAACAUCACAGUAGGCAAUCAUGAAUAUCAGAAAAAUGGUGCUGUCUACAGUCCACUGUCACUGUGUCAGGAGUACUACAGGAACGGUACCGUCUACCCUGGAAAUGAGACCUUUGAAAUUGAUGCCGAAGUGAAAACUGAGUGCCUUAAAGUUUAUCCGAUGUAUCACCAGUCAUUGCGGGAACUUCUUCCACAUUUUGAAUUGUAUUUCAAAAGGAUGCUCUCUGUUAAGAUCACAUUUGUUCUCAAGGCCAUAAAUUUACAGACAGUGAGACAUCGAGAGCUACCAGACUGCUACGACUUCACUGUGAUUAUCACUUUCAACGACCAAGCUCACAGUGGCAGGAUAAAAGUCGACCUGGAAAAUGAUGUAGACAUCAACGAGUGCAGAGACUGGAAAGUAACUGGAGCAUCUGCUAGAAACAUAUACCUGACUGUACUGCUUGACUGCCUCAUCAUUAUAACAUGCAUCACCUCCUUAACACUCUGCGCACGCUCAAUGAUCAAUGGGAUUCAACUGCAGCUUGAGUACACACUCUACUGCAAAACCCACUGCAGUAAAGAAGUCUCACUGUCAGACAAGUUGGAGUUUGUGAACGGUUGGUACAUCUUGAUCAUUGUCAGCGACACACUGACCAUCAUUGGCUCCAUUAUGAAGAUAGAGAUCCAGACUAAGAUCCUCACAAGCUAUGAUGUUUGCAGCAUCUUCCUCGGCACAGGCACCAUGUUCGUCUGGAUUGGGGUUAUCCGCUACAUGGGCUACUUUAGCAAGUAUAAUAUUCUCAUCCUGACACUCAGGGCAGCUUUCCCAAAUGUUAUCCGUUUCAUCUGCUGUGCUGGAAUCAUCUACCUGAGUUAUUGUUUUUGUGGCUGGAUCGUCAUAGGCCCGUAUCAUGAGAAGUUCCGGACCUUAAACACUGUGUCGGAGUGUCUGUUUUCUCUGAUCAACGGAGACGACAUGUUUCCCACCUUUAAGAACAUGAAGCAGAAGAGCAGCCUGGUGUGGGUUUUCAGCAGGGUUUACCUCUAUACCUUUGUCUCGCUCUUCAUCUACAUGAUCCUCAGCCUUUUCAUUACGAUCAUCACCGACACCUACGACACCAUCAAGCAACAGCAGCAAAGUGGCACCCCGACAUCAGAGCUGCAAAAAUUCUUGUCAGUUUGUAAAGAUCUGCCAAACUCUGGGCUAUACAGACUCGAGAAGAACAACAGCUGCUUCUUGAACUGCUGCGUCAACAGGUGCAGGACAAGUCAAGAGACGCUGACUUCAGAGGCAUAGCUGGCCUUUAAUGUGGAGAUAUUGAAAGGCUAUAUUGUAGAAAACUAUAACC